GACACUGACGAUGGGGCGAGGCUCUGCCAACUGGAGCUAACCUCCAUUCGUUGUGCUCGGAUUAUACGCUUUGGGGCGAUAUUUGAGUCUGAUAGGAGGAAGCUUGGUGGACGUUUGAGAGGAAGAUAGUCGCGCGGAGGGGUCCGGUGCGGUCGCAGCGUGACGUACAGCGCGGGCGUUGCCCAGUUCAGUUCGUUUCUCAACUGCAACUGCCUCUCCAUCCGCCAUCCAUUGGUCCGCCUCUCCCUCUUUCUCCUUUCCCUCCUUCCCCGAUAUACCAAUAAACGCGUUGUUUUCACUGACACAAUCACCCGCAUACCCAAACAGCACAAUCACAGUAGAACGCAUAGGCACAACGCCAUCUUUAUCUCUUACCAUCUCAUCACAUUCACACCCAGAUAUGAACUUUUUCAAGACUAAACCUCGCACUCCACCAGACUUGGUUCGUGGUUUGCGAGAUGCUUUGCCCAAGCUAGAAGCUGGGCCACCAGGAGGCGAGACUAGGAGGAAGGCAAACGAGGAGGUGUCCAAGAACUUGCAACAGAUCAAGGCGAUCUUGCUCGGCGAUGGAGAUCCAUUACCAGAGCUCGUAGCGCAACUUGCUCAAGAGACCUACUCGACAGACCUACUUCAUCACCUACUACUGAACCUCCACAGACUGGAAUUUGAAUCUCGCAAAGAUGUUGUUCAAAUAUUUAACAACCUCCUACGACGGCAGAUCGGCUCGCGGUACCCUACCGUCGAAUACCUUUCAGGCAAACCGGACAUCUUGUUCGCGGCGUUCAAGGGAUAUGAGAAGGAGGAUAUUGCGUUGAAUACUGGAAUGAUCCUGAGGGAGAUGCUGCGACAUGAAUCAUUGGCAAAGAUUUUGCUGUAUUCUGAACAAUUCUACAUGUUCCCGCAUUACAUCGAGACGACGACGUUUGGGAUCUCUUGUGAUGCUUACACGAACCUCAAGGAAACGUUGACGCGACACAAGGCCAUGGUCGCGGAAUACCUGGACAAGAACUAUGACAGAUUUUUCCAAUCCUUCACUUCACUCAUCCUCUCAGAGAACUAUGUCACGAAACGUCAAUCCCUCAAGCUCCUCGGCGAAAUCCUACUUGACCGGGCCAACUUCAACGUCAUGACCCGAUAUAUCGCUAAUGAAGGCAAUUUGAAGCUUAUGAUGAACCUUUUGCGGGAUAAAAGCCGGAAUAUUCAGUUCGAGGCGUUUCAUGUGUUCAAGGUGUUCGUGGCGAACCCCAAGAAACCACCUCAGAUUGAGGCUAUCCUGCGGCGAAACAAGGAUAAACUUCUACAGUUCCUGAAGAAUUUCCACAAUGACAAAGAAGAUGAACAAUUUACCGACGAAAAGCAAUUUCUCAUCGUGCAAAUUCAGAACCUGUGAUUAAUUGAUUUGCCGCCGCGCUCGGGGUUUUUUGUCAUCUGCCAGUCCACUUUGUCAUUCCUCUCACGUCACCGUCACCGUCACACCUCUGUCUUUAGUAUCGUCCCAAUCGUCCCAAUCGCCCCAACCUCUUCUUUUGACACCUCACUCACUCCUAUGCCGUCCUCCCUGUACUGGUAUUGCGGACGUCGUCUGCGUCGGUUGAAAGAUUGUUGAGCUCGUAGCAUCAUCGUUGCCCAUCUCGAAUUCCCCGACCGUUCUCAUUGCACCCGUGGUUGGAGGUGAUCGGUGACCAUGUCGUAUAUCGUAUAUGCCCAUGCCCUUCUUCUCGUCCCCGCCCAACAACCGACAUCCCCGCUACUCUCUCCUUUCUUCAUGACGUGUCUAUACCCGCCAUGUCCCAAUGCCCUACGAUGCACACCAUUGUCAUCGCUCGUUCAAGCUCACACACAUCUUCCUCUGGCCAUCAUCUCAUAUCACUCCCACACUCGUCUACGCAUAAAUCAUGGCAAUAUGUACAAAAACCCUUCAAAGCUUCUUGUUUGGUCGUCCCAUCAACUCGUUCUGAUGCGUGUUUUUUUUUUCUUCUCCCUGCUACCCGGGUUCAAUCGAUAUCUCUUCCCCUUCAUUAUUCAUCUUGCCACAGUGAAUUCUGCACUCGCCCUCCCUGUAUAUAUCGUACCAUUUGCCCCACACCCCAACUUUGCGUCAAUCGAUGGGACAAUCCUGACAGUGUUUUCAUCACCUGGGCCCCUUUCUUUGUAGUAGUAUACCCGUCCCCCAUUGUCAUAUAUUGCUGUUCUCGAUUUGCGAGGCUUCAAUUAUUGAUCAGUCGUGUGUAGACUCUAGGGUGAACUUUCUCGUA